UUAAUGUUAGGACUAUUAUUGAUGGUGGCACUCCUACAUGCCAGUGGAGGAUCAGUGGCCAACGCAGCAGACUGUAAAUCAGCAUUGUCCAAAUAUUUCAAUGGCGACCAGAUGGUACAGAUGACAGCGGUGAUGAGCAAUGGUCAAGUGUUCUACACCGUUCAAAAGUUAUACCUAUUCUACACAUUCCUUACAAAUGGCAAUCCAUUCUAUGUUGUCGAGUCCACCAAAGAGGCAUGCAUCAAUGGACAUUUGAAUCCAUUCGAUAUCCACAAUCAAACAAUAUCAUUCUUUGACCGAAGUGGCAUUGUCAUUCAACCGACUGGUGAGGUCACCUUGUCGCCACUCUGGAAGCCUGCCGGUGACACCUUCUACAAGUUCAACCUAAACUGCGACCAGAACGUACUCUACGGCAAUGACCAAGGUAGCAUGUUUACCUUUGUAUUCUUAGAUAGUUCAGUUAAAGCA